AAACUAUUCUCCUGUCUAAGCCAACCGCACCUGUGAAAUGACAACUCAGGUUCACUACCAAAUGGCCAAAUCAGACCUCACCUCUGGCAACAAUGACUGUCUGACAACAGCAAAAAUUCAGGAGGCUUCCCGCACUUUGGAAGAGUCUGAAAGUUACGACCGAAAAAUGCUGCCCAAAAUGGAAAGAACUGCUCUAGAAGAGGAGGAGGUCGGGGUCGGGGAAGACGGGGAGCAACAUGGCGAUAAUCAAACCAACCUCAUUGUGAACUACCUGCCACAAACAAUGACUCAAGAGGAGAUGCGAACCAUGUUUUCCAAGAUUGGGAAACUGACCAGCUGUAAACUGAUUCGGGAUCGGACUUCCGGUCAAAGUCUGGGCUAUGGAUUUGUGAAUUACGUGAAUGCCUCCGACGCCCGGCGCGCCAUCAAAUUGCUCAACCGAAUGCGAGUUCAGAACAAAGUCAUCAAA